AUGUUUGACAAAAGCCUAGCCAAAGUAAAAGUUGUGGUAGACACAUACUUGGUGCAGCAGAAUCUUGUGGGAAUAAAAUCAGUAUCUAAUAGAAAUAAAAUAUGGCUUUCAAGAAAUAAAAGAUCAUUUUCCAUUUAUCAUAGACAACUCUAUCAAAACACCCAUAAGACCCAUUUUCCAGAACCUCCACCAAUAGAAUCAGAGAAAUCCAUUUUAGUUAUAGACAACAAUCUAUUCACACAAGAUAUCCCCCAACAAAUAUACAAAAACCACUCACGAUCUAUGUUAAACAUUAGAACUUUCUCCUUAAAAAAAAUGCAACAUUAA